CUUACAAGGAGAAGGGGCUAGCUUGGCAUGACUCUCGUCAGUUUCCCCACUUGGCUGGGUGAUGUCCCCAGGUCCAGGUUCUGGGGCCCCUUGCCGAAACCAUGGAGCAACUGACAGCCCUCCCACGGCUUGGAGACCCUGGAGUCAUGGAGCCGUGGGCACUGCCUACCUGGCAGCAUUGGACUCGAGACCAGGGGUGCGAUCCUGGAGAUGUGUCUCCAAGCAUUGCCGGUACUCCGAUAGCUCUGCAGGUUAGAGGACUGAGGUCUGAAGAGAGUCCGGAGCCUGAGGGAGCACAUAGUGCUGGGCCUGUUGGAAAUACUGCCCUUGAAGGAACAGAGACUGGGCUGCUAACGCUGGAGCAGCAAGCAGAGAGCCCUGGGUACAGGCUGGAGGAUGAGGCUGUGCAGGCUUAUAAGGCCAAGUUGAACGUUGGCUUCUUCGGGGACAGGCCCAAUCUGGAGCUGCUGAGGGCCCUAGGGGAGCUGCAGCAACGCUGUAACAUCCUUAAGGAGGAAAAUCAGAUGCUGAGAAAAAGCAGCUUCCCAGAGACUGAGGAAAAGGUGCGGAGGCUCAAGAGGAAGAAAGCGGAGCUGGCGGUGAUUGCCAAGCGCCUGGAGGAGAGGGCCCAGAAGCUUCAGGAAACAAACAUGAGGGUGGUGAGUGCCCCUCUGCCCAGACCCGGAUCCAGUUUGGAGUUGUGCCGCAAGGCCCUAGCCCGCCAGCGAGCCCGGGACCUCAGUGAGACAGCCAGUGCGCUGCUGGCCAAGGACAAACAGAUUGCUGCCUUGCAGCGGGAGUGCAGGGAGCUGCAGGCCAGACUCACUCUGGUGGGCAAGGAAGGUCCCCAGUGGCUGCAUGUGCGGGACUUCGACCGGUUGCUGCGCGAGUCCCAACGGGAGGUGCUGCGGUUGCAGAGGCAGAUCGCCCUGCGCAACCAGCGGGAGCCGCUCCGGCCAGCCCGGCCCCCGGGUCCCACUGCCCCCUCCAGAGUAGGGGCGCCGGCCCCCGGCGCCCCGGGAGAGGCCAUACUCCAGGAUGAUGUGGAUAGCCCACAGGUGGCCCUAGGGGAACCAGAGAAACAGCAAAGGGUGCAACAGCUGGAGUCUGAGCUCUGCAAGAAGCGAAAGAAAUGUGAGAGCCUGGAGCAGGAAGCCAGGAAAAGGCAGAGGCGAUGUGAGGAGCUGGAACUACAGCUGAAGGCUGCCCAGAGUGAAAAUGCCCGCCUGGCGGAGGAGAACUCUCGCCUCAGUGGGAGAGCCACAGAGAAGGAACAGGUGGAGUGGGAGAACGCAGAGCUGAAGGGACAGCUCCUGGGGGUGACACAGGAGAGAGACUCAGCCCUUCGUAAGAGCCAGGGCCUGCAAAGCAAGCUGGAGAGCCUGGAGCAGGUGCUGAAGCAUAUGCGGGAGGUGGCCCAGCGGAGGCAGCAGCUGGAGGUGGAGCACGAGCAGGCUAGGCGCAGCCUGCAGGAGAGGCAGGAGGAGGUCCGGAGGCUGCAGCAGGCCCAGGCUGAAGCCAAGAGGGAACAUGAAGGAGCCGUGCAGCUGCUGGAGUCUACCUUGGAUUCCAUGCAGGCUCGGGUUCGAGAGCUUGAGGGCCAGUGCCGCAGCCAAACCGAACGCUUCAGCCUUCUGGCACAGGAGCUGCAGGCCUUCCGUCUGCACCCAGGCCCCCUUGAUCUGCUUACUUCCGCCCUGGGCUGUAGUGCCCUUGGGGACCAUCCACCACCACCCCACUGCUGCUGCUCUACCCCUCAGCCCUGCCAGGGGUCUGGCCCCAAAGACCUUGACCUCCCGCCGGGCUCCCCAGGACGCUGUACUCCCAAAGCUUCUGAGCCUGCUCUUGCUACCCUACCUGGAGCCCCUCGAAGGACAGCUAAGAAGGCGGAAUCUCUUUCUAACUCUUCUCGCUCCGAGUCCAUCCACAAUAGCCCUAAGUCAUGUCCCACACCAGAGGUGGACACAGCCAGUGAGGUAGAAGAGCUGGAGGUAGACAGUGUCUCCUUGCUCCCAGCAGCUCCGGAGGGUAACUCAGGUGGAGCCAGAAUCCAGGUCUUCCUAGCACGCUAUAGCUACAACCCCUUUGAGGGUCCCAAUGAGAACCCAGAGGCUGAGCUUCCACUGACAGCCGGCGAGUAUAUCUACGUCUAUGGUAACAUGGAUGAGGACGGCUUUUUUGAAGGGGAGCUCAUGGACGGCCGAAGGGGUCUGGUCCCCUCCAAUUUUGUAGAGCGUGUGUCUGAUGACGACCUCCUGACCUCCCUCCCUCGGGAGCUGGCUGAUUUGUCGCACAGCUCUGGCCCUGAGCUCAGUUUCCUGAGUGGAGGUGGGGGUGGCUGCAGCAGUGGGGGCCAGAGCAGCGGGGGACAUAGCCAGCCCAGACCAGAGGAGGAGGCUGCAGGAGAUGAGCUCAGUAUGAGCCCCCCACCAGAGGGACUGGGCGAGCCUCUGGUUGUGCCUUAUCCCCGCCGUGUCAUGGUCCUCAAGCAGCUGGCCCACAGCGUGGUACUGGCUUGGGAAUUGCCUCCUGAGAGAGUAGAUCUACGUGGCUUCCAUAUCUUUGUCAACGGGGAACUUCGUCAGGCCUUGGGGCCCGGGGUGCCCCCCAAGGCUGUGCUUGAAAAUAUGGACCUGCAGGCCGGGCCCCUCCAUAUCUCUGUCCAGGCCCUGACCAGCAGGGGCAGCUCAGAUCCUCUGCGCUGUUGCCUGGCUGUGGGUGCCGGGGCUGGGGUGGUACCCAGCCAGCUACGGAUCCAUCGGUUGACAGCCACGUCUGCUGAGAUCACCUGGGUGCCAGGGAAUAGCAACUUGGCUCAUGCCAUCUACCUCAAUGGAGAAGAGUGUCCUCCUGCUCGCCCCAGCACCUACUGGGCAACCUUUUGUCACCUGCGGCCUGGCACACUAUAUCAGGCCCGAGUGGAGGCUCAGAUCCCAUCUCAGGGGCCUUGGGAACCAGGCUGGGAGAGGCCAGAGCAGCGAACUGCCACCUUGCAGUUCACCACACUUCCGGCAGGCCUGCCUGACGCCCCACUGGAUGUACAGGUUGAACCAGGGCCCUCUCCUGGAAUCCUGACGAUCAGUUGGCUCCCCGUUACCAUUGAUGCUGCUGGUACCUCCAAUGGUGUCCGGGUGACAGGCUAUGCCAUCUAUGCUGACGGGCAGAAGAUUAUGGAAGUGGCUUCUCCCACAGCAGGCAGUGUGCUGGUGGAGGUGUCCCAGCUGCAGCUGCUGCAGGCCUGCCAUGAGGUGACUGUGCGCACUAUGUCACCCCACGGAGGCGAGUCCACUGACUCCAUCCCGGCUCCUGUUGCCCCAGCCCUGGCAUCUGCCUGCCAGCCAGCCAGGAUAUCCUCUGUCUCACCCCGACCAAGCCCAGAGGUCAGAACACCCCUUGCUUCAGUCUCCCCAGGGCUUGGGGAUGCCAGCUUUCCCCUCCGGCACCCUGUCCCCGCUGCAAGCCUUUCCAUGGAGCUGUCCAGAGGAUCCCAGGGAGAACCUCCAGUCGCUUGCUGUCAGGAGGCAGCUGGGGCAGCCGUGCGGAGCACCUCAGAAGAGAAGAGGCCUAUGGAGCCAACCCCAGGCUGGGAUGGCCCUGGCACUGUGGCUCCCUCCUGGGCUAAGAAGGAAGUGGAGUGUGCUUUAGGAGAGGUUGGCCCCACACCUUCCUCUACCCAAGGAGAGCCGGCCCAGAGGGAGUCAAGUGCUGAGGACUGCCACGGAGAAGACCUGGGCUCGGGGCUGAAACUCAGAGCGGAGAAAGAAGAUAUGUCAGAGCUUGGAGUUCGCAUGGUGAAUUCCCUGGGAGAUCAUGGCCGCAACUCAGACUUAUCAGACAUCCAGGAGGAAGAGGAAGAGGAAGAGGAGGAAGAGGAACUGGGUUCCAGGCCUUGUUUCUCCCAGAAGCAGGUUGCUGGCAACAGCAUCAGGGAGCAGGGAGCCAAGCCCCAGCCUGACCCCUUUUGUGAGACUGACAGCGACGAGGAGAUCUUGGAGCAGAUCCUGGAGCUGCCUCUCCAGCAGCUCUGCAGCAAGAAGCUGUUCAGCAUCCCCGAGGAGGAAGAAGAAGAAGAGGAAGAGGAGGAGGAAGGGCAGGAGAAACCAGGGCCCAGCAGCUCUUCCCAAGACCCUAGCCACCCUGAACUUGCAUUGCUAGGGCGAGACUGUAAUAGCAGUCAGUCCAGGGCACCUGGCCUGUGUCCCUCGUCUCCUGAGCUCUCCGGGGCCAGGGAACACCCGGAGGAUGUGCUGGGGGUGGUUGGUGGAAACAACCGGCGGAGAGGAGGUGGCUCCCCUGAAAAGCCCCCAAACCGCAAGCGACCUCAGGAUUCCCGAGAACAUUGCAGCCGGCUUCUUGGCAAUGGCGGGCCCCAGACCUCUGCACGGCCAAGCCCUCCACGGGAGAGGGGUAGCCUCCCUCUGAUUGAGGGCCCCAGGGUUGGACAGGAGGCUGGUGGGAGAGGGCGGCCAGGUCUUUCCCGGAGGUGUCCCCGUGGCCCAGCUCCAGAAGCCAGCUUGGUCAGCUGCCUCUCUCCAAAGUGUUUGGAGAUCAGCAUUGAAUAUGAUUCUGAGGAUGAGCAGGAGGCGGGCAGUGGGGGUGUUAGCAUCAACAGCUCCUGCUACCCCACAGAUGGGGAAGCCUGGAGCGCAACAGCUAUAGGAAGGCCCAGGGGUCCUCUGAAGGCCAAUUCAGGCCCCAACCCCUACCUGCGCCUCCCAGCCUGGGAGAAAGGGGAACCCGAGCGAAGAGGCCAAAGUGCAACUGGCAGAACCAAGGAGCCACCCUCCCGGGCAACAGAAACUGGGGAGUCCAGAGGGCAGGACAACUCUGGGCGGAGAGGACCCCAGAGGAGAGGGGCCCGGGUGCCUAAGCACAGUACCACUGAGCUGGCCCCUCCAAGGAGCCUCCAAGAAGUACCGGUUCAUCGGGACCCACCCGUGAGGGUUUUUGUGGCUCUGUUUGACUAUGACCCUGUAUCAAUGUCACCCAACCCUGACGCUGGAGAAGAGGAACUUCCCUUCAGAGAAGGCCAGAUCCUCAAGGUUUUUGGAGACAAAGAUGCUGAUGGUUUCUACCGAGGUGAAAGUGGGGGCCGCACAGGCUACAUCCCCUGCAACAUGGUGACUGAGGUGGCUGUGGACAGUCCAGUAGGGAGACAACAGCUGCUCCAGAGGGGUUUCGUGCCCCCAAAUGUUCUCACUGAGGUCUUGGGGAAUGGUCCCUCUGUAUACUCCUCAGCACACACGACUGGCCCUCCCCCCAAGCCUCGCCGGUCCAAGAAAGUGGAGCUGGAAGGCCCUGCACAGCCCUGUCCAGGUCCUCCCAAGCUGAUCCCUUCUGUCAUCCUGAAAACCUCCCGACCUAUGGUGGCAGCAUUUGACUAUGAUCCCCGGGAGAACUCCCCCAAUAUGGACGUGGAGGCGGAGCUGCCCUUCAGGGCAGGGGAUGUCAUUACUGUGUUUGGGGAUAUGGACAAUGAUGGUUUCUACUAUGGAGAACUGAAUGGACAAAGGGGCCUGGUUCCAUCCAACUUCCUGGAGGGCCCUGGACCUGAAGCAGGUGGCCUAGAGUCUGGACCGUCACAAGCUGAGACUCAGAGAACGAGGAGGAGAAGAGUCCAGUGCUAGAUGGAGAUAGAUAUUUGUAGAGAGAGCGACAUGGCCCUGGAAACACCAUACAAGGGCCUCCAGUGCCCCCAGGCGGGCACUAUGCCCUCAGCUCUGGGAGUUCCUCCAGGACCAAAAUGGGGGAGCCACAGGGCAUAGCUGAGAAGAAGCAGCGUCUCCUCUCCAAAGGAAAGGAACUCCUCAGAAAGCUGAGCUUCAGAAAAGAGUGACGUCAUCAGUCCUACAGGCGGAAGUGGCCCCUAGAAGCUCCAGAUCAACUCAGUGGCUGGACUGGGAAACCCAACCAGCCCCGAAACACUGGCACUCUGGCACUCGGAGAGAUCCAGGGGACCUGGUGGGGGUGGGGCAACGUGCAUCCUUAGUGAGGAGUCCUCAAGAUGAACUCUUCCAUGAGGGAACUGAGCCCCAGAGAAAGUAAUCAAGUACCGAGCACUGUCAGCCCAGGAUGGACCCAUGCCUCUGGACUCCCAGUCUGCCCUGCUAACCUAUUCCUGGUUUCCUGCCACACUGUGCUGGUCCCUGCUUGGCCUUCCCUGCUCCCAGGAUGGGCCCCUGGGCGGAGACACAGGCCACUUGACUAAUGGCUCUGGCUGUCCUCCCUCUGUCUUCCCUGAAGGAACAUUUGCAUUGGAGUGUCCCCUGGGGCAGGGGACAGAGCCAUGUACAUAAUGUAUAUACCCAGUGCCUCAACCCAGCUCUUCCAUCAGCUUUACCACACAGGUCAGGGGAGGAGAGAGGCCAAGCCAAAGUAGGCCUGACCCCGCCCCAUAGUGCUCCACCCCUCCCUGCCCAGGCCACUUGGCCUCUGUGUCAUCCCAUUCCCCAAACCCGGGGGGACCAGGGGCCCCGGAAAGCAGGAGUUGGGUUUGCCUUAUUUUGCUCAUCGGAUUCAACUUCUCUCUUGCAUUGUUUUCUUCCAGUCCCUGUUGGGGUCCAGGGGCUGAGGGGAAGGACAGAUUUAUGCAGCUAUUUUCAUACAUCCCCUGUUCAGAGUCGGUAGGGGCUUCUCCACCCUUACCCU